AUGCACACACAGAGGGAAAGACUUGGGUGUCCUGUGAGUAGUGACAAGAAGAACUCACCAGGUUCCUCAAAAAAAGUAAAAAUGGAACUGCCAUUUGACCCAGCGAUCCCACUUCUGAGAACAUAUCCUAAGAAUUCUGAAACACCAAUGAGAAAGAAUAUAUGCACCCCUAUGUUCAUAGCAGCAUUACUUACACUAGCUAAGAUCUGGGAACAGCCCAAGUGCCCAUCAGUAGAUGAGUGGAUUAAAAAAAAACCUGUGGUACAUUCACACCGUGGAAUACUUUGUAGCAGUAAAAAAAGAAGUAACCCUACUCUUUGUAACAGCAUGGAUAGAACUGGAGAGCAUUAUGCUAAGUUAAAUAAGCUAGAAAGAGAAAGACUAGUAUCACAUGAUCUCACUCAUAUGUGGAAUCUAAUGAACAAAAUAAACUGA